GAGUAUUUACAGUACAAGAAAAACAAAAAAGAAGACAAACAAGGUACCGUAAACAAGCAAGCAAGCUCAUGUUGCCAAGUAAUAAUAUCUAGCAGGAGCAACUAGGGUAAGCGACCGAGGAUUGUGCCUGGAACAAUAAAUUGACGUCCCAGGAUUACAGCAGCGGAUUGAUGAGACGGGGCCUUGUCGAACAAGGGCCCGUUCCUUGGUCCGGAGCAUGCUAAUCAUAUCCACCAGUCCACGGGGCUCGACUAUGCAAGGCUUGAGAGGGUGUGGCUCUUGAGCGAUUUGGCAAACAUCAAAAGGGCCGCGAGGUUCCCCUCGGCUGUCAAUGGCUUCUCUAGCUUGCUCUUCCCUCCUCACCCUCGUCUUCUCUUGUGGUAUCUCUCCUUCAAACGGCGUCAUUUUCAGGCCUAUUUACAUUCUUUCGAGAUUAUAUCUCAAACACCGUUCAUUUUCUUCAAACUUGUGAACAUAUUCAUGCAAUUCGCCCCAGUCGCCUCCCGCAGCUUAGUUUACUUCUGUACCUAUCUACAUUCGAUAAGCCGAGCAACUGUGUCUGCCAGCCAACCCCUUUUGUCUACUUUUUUUCUUCCGUGUGGAAUCGAUUUUCACUACUUUCUUUUCUUUCAUCUCAUCCCAUUGCUUUGAACUCGACGUGCGAAUUCAUUCCUUUGGACGAUAGAUCUGCAAGAGCAAACCGGAUACAGGGAAUCCUCAUAUAACAUCGACCUAUCUCGGUGUUCCUUCUUCCAUUACCGUCAUUACCACCAACGAAGCAACAGACCAUCCGCCAAGAUGAAGUCAGUUACUGUCAUGGGAGUAUUCGCGGCCGUCGCCGCUGCAUACUCCCACCAUCAGCCGAGGCACCCGCACCUCGACUUCCGCAACUUCAAGCGCCAGAACGCUACUGCUCCCACCAGCAUUGCCGCCGGUGAGGGUCGCAAGGGCGCAUCUCCCACCAAGGACCCCGCCAGCUCCGCCGCCGCGAGCUCCGCUGCUGCUUCUGGCAAUGCCGGUGUCCAGUUGACCACCCUCACUGUCAAGGAGACCGCCGUCCGCACCAUCAUCUCGUGCGCGCCCACUGUCACCAACUGCCCCGCCAAUGCCAACCAGACUGCUGCCAUCUCGGCUCUGCCGCCUGGAGCUGUCUCGACCGUCAUCGUGACCGACUCUGUCAUCUCCACCACCGUCGUCUGCCCCGUUACAGAGGCCAGCCAGGUCUCCAAAAGCGUUGCCAGCAAGAUGAAGGAGAGCGUCACAUCUGCCGCUGCCGCAGCCACCUCGGCCGCCGCCGCCCAGCCUAACGGAAAGGGCAAGGGCAAGACUUCUGCCGCUCCCGCCGCCACCCCUGCUGUUGGCAAGAACGGUACCGCCCCUGCUACUACCGCCGCUGCCUCUGCUCGCGAGUCUUCAGCCGUUCUCCCAGUCUCCGCCUCUGCCUCGGGCAACGCUACUCGCCCCUUUGCCAACUCCACCGCGCCCGCUGCCACUGCCCCUGGUGCUCAGUUGACCACGCUUACCGUUAAGCAGACCUCUGUCCGCACCGUUAUCUCGUGCGCGCCUACCGUCACCAACUGCCCGGCUGCCGGCGAGACCGCUGCCAUCUCGGCCCUUCCUCCGGGUGCCGUGUCGACCGCUCUCGUCACCGAGGUGGUUACCAUCGGCACCACCAUCUGCCCCGUGUCUGAGGUUUCCAAGGCUUCUACUUCCCUGGUUGCUGAGGCUUCCAAGGCAAAGGCCACCGGCCCUGCUAUGACCACCCCUGCCGGCGCCCAGAUCACCACCAUCACCACUGAGCACGUCGUCACCGUCACCUCCAUGCGUGUUGUCACCAUUACUCAGGGCGGUGGUCAGGGUGGAGCCGGUGGCAACGUCGUCGUUACUACCAUCCCUGAGGUCGUCAAGACCACUUCCAAAGAGAUCACCACCUCGGCCGUUCUCCCCGUCGGUGGUACCCCUGACAAGGGCGGCAACGGCAACGGUAACCAGGGUGGCAACCAGGGCGGUGAGAUGACCACCACCAUGACCAACACUCUGUUCGGCACCCGCACUGUUGUUGUUCAGAAGCCCAAGAACACUGCUCCGGCUGCCGGUGGCUCUUCCAACGGCGGUUCCGGCUCCAGCAACGGUGGUUCUUCCAGCGGUGGCUCCGGCUCCGGCUCCAGCAACGGUGGCUCCGGCAUGGGUGGGGGCUCCGGCCUCGGCGGUGGAAGCCAAUGCGAGUGCGUCCCCGUCACUGUCACUGCUGCCGCUGUCACCGUCACCGUGACUGCUCCUGCCGCCGCCGCCGCCACGCCUGUCAACAACGGUGGUAUGGGCUCUGACAAGGGCUCCAGCCCGCCUGCCCCGGUCAACAACGCUGGCCAGGGCUCCAACAAGGGUGGCGCUAUGCCUCCUCCGGCACCUGCCUCGGGCGAGGAGGACUCUUGCGAUGCCGAUGAUCUUGAGGAGGACGAGGAGGAAGACAAGCCUGCCGCCAACAAGCCCGCCGCCACCACCACCAAGGCCUCGGCUGCCGUUGCCAGCACCGGUGUCCUGCCCAAGGCCACCACCGCCGCCAACGGCACCUUCACCUCCAAGAGCCCAAAGAAGGCCAAGUCGCCUUCCCACAACUUCCCUAGGCUCUUCUAAGAAAGACAAAGUUUUGCCUAGAUUGGUGUAGCUCUAAAAACCAAGGGGAAGAGUACAUAUAUUUCUUUGAGUAACGGAUUCGAGGGUGGCAACGUUUUUUUCAAUUGCAAAUAGGGAUUGCCUGGGUUACGAUCAAAGAAGGUCGCGGUGCAAUUUUGGCUUCUUUUUGAGAGAUGUCCGACAGGGAAGAAAGAGAGCUCCGAGAGAGCCUCUCGACUCUCCAAGUUCUUCUCCUUUCCUACAGGUCAUGUCUUCUUUUGUACAAUAUCAAUCAGUCUCUCAAGUCUGAUGGUGCGAGAUCAGUCGCGAAUAUAGAAACAUUUUCCCA